UUCCACAAACACACAGCCGUUGCGCUUUACGGCAGCCCGUGUCAGUCUCCAGCAGCAGGCAGAAGGGGAAUGCGUAUUGGGCUGCCCAGUGCAGAGUCACUUCGAGGUGGAUCCUUUAAAGCUUUAGCUUUGACGUCGCUCCUGAGUGUGUUUAUGUUCCAGCUGCUGAGGACGGUUGGACUGAGGGCGUUCUCCAUGGCGUCUGAGACGUACACGUCAGGCACACACUCUGCAGCUUUCGUCAGCUGUCCCAACGACACCGUAGCGAAAGAUCUGGCCAGGGGGAUUGUGGAGAGGAAACUUGCUGCUUGUGUCAACAUUGUCCCGGGAAUCAAAUCGAUAUACGAAUGGCAGGGUAAGAUCGAGGAGGACGAUGAGGUGCUGCUGAUGAUAAAGACGAGAAGUUCCAAGGUGCCUGCUCUGGCUGAGUACGUCCGCUCCAACCAUCCCUAUGAAGUGGCCGAGGUCAUCAGCCUGCCGAUCGACCAGGGCAACCCGCCGUACCUCAAGUGGAUCGGAGAGGUCGUUCCUGAAUCCUGAAUGAGUGCGGGAUGGGGGGGGGGUGAUUGAUGGAUGUAAAAUUGAAUCUGAAACAAUGUGAAACACACUGAGUGCUACCAUCCAAAUAUGCUCUGGUGUCGUCAGGUUGUUUUCUUUAGAAAUGAAUAGAACUUGUGUUUUCUGAAAUGAAAGCAUCGAUGUGAGGUUUCUUUCCCAAGGUAUCUUUACCACUAGAGGGCGGCCUUCAUCCCUCGUUGAAGCAGUUUCACAUCAAACUGCCUCAGCAUUUCCUUGUUUGACCUGAAAAUGCUGAAAGUGAACAGACAUUUGUUAAAUGUUGUUAUUUCAGUCGCAUUUGGAAAAUAAAGCAAAGGAUUUUUUUUA